AUGGAGGUGGCGGUGGAGAAGGCUCAUUUGGUUGAGGAGAAUCUAGCCAUGGCUCUUGAUGGUCAGACCGAUGUUCAGAUUGGUAGUGCACGUUCAACAGGAUUUGGGGCUAGAGGUAGUCAGUAUCAUAUGGCAGUGUAUCUUGAGGAAUUGGAUGAGGAGAUAUGUCAGGAGGUUUCUUUGCAUAGUCAUCUCGUUCUUCAAGAGUAUGCAGAUGUUUUCCCUAGUGAUAUUCUUGGUAUGCCACCAAAGCGUGACAUAGAUUUUUCCAUUGAUCUUGUGCCAGGAGCAGAACCUAUUUCUAGAGCGCUUUAUCGGAUGACAACUCAUGAGUUGAGUGAGUUGAGAUUGCAACUAGAGGAUUUAUUGGCCAAGGGCUUCAUCCACCCUAGUGUUUCUCCAUGGGGAGCACCAAUGAUAUUUGUGAAGAGUAACAUGUGUCCCUCUGUUUAUGCAUUUAUUAUAGACAGUUGA